GUGUUGCCCUGUACUUUCCCAGUCAUAUCGCUCAGGACGGUCCUGUGUAAGGAUUGGAAGUGACCGGGCCGGGGACAGUGAGACGGGGGGCGCGGCACACCGAGGAGAUACCCGGCCAGGGGCCAUCAUGAUGGAGAUAGACUUGCCCCCCGCACAGCACUCACAGCAGGAUAUGGAUCUCAUCGACAUUCUGUGGAAACAAGACAUCGACCUUGGUGUUGGCCGUGAAGUUUUUGACUACAAUCAAAGACAUAAGGAGUAUGAGCUGGAGAAGCAGAAGAAGCUUGAAAAGGAGCAUCAGGAACAACUUCUGAAGGAACAGGAAAAAGCGUUAUACGCCCAGCUACAAUUAGAUGAGGAGACCGGGGAAUUCAUCCCCAUCCAGCAGCCGGCACCCAUGGCGGCUGCUGUAGUCACACAGGCAGGCACAAGCUCCUUGCAGACCAAGUCAGAUGUCGGGCAAGACCUCUCCUUUGAUGAAUGCAUGAAGAUUUUAGUUGAUACAUUCCAUUAUGAGGUACCUGCAAUGCCCUACCAAUCUGCAAUGGUAACCAGUCCUCAAAUUGAAGUCAUCCAGAACUUUCUACCCCCAGAACCGCUCCCUUCUACAGACAGUCUGCAGAACUGUGCAGCUAAUGCAGGCAACAUGCAAGAAGUGGAAAAUGCAUGGGAAGAAUUACUGUCCCUCCCUGAACUGCAGUGUCUCAGCAGUCAGAUUGAAAGUUUGGUUGAUCUGAGCAUGUAUUCAAGUCCAGAAGCCAUGAAUGAGACAACCCCCAACUAUAUGUACCACAAUCCAUUACCGACCAUCGAGAAACCACUUGAAAACCCUACCCCAGUUUUCUCCAAUGACUUUGUAGACUCUUUUGCUACUAAUGUACCCCCAGUAAACACAAAUGCAACAUUUAAUGUAGAAUCUUUUUGUGAUGAUCUAUUUACCCUUAUUGAUCCAAAAGUGACCAAUGUGCCUUUGACAGACAAUUUGGGCCAGUCCCUCACUGAACUUUUAGACAAACCUAUUGACAUUACGGACUUGUCAUUGUGUAAAGCCUUUAAUGGGAGCAAUCCGGCAGAAUUUAAUGAUUCCGAUUCGGGGAUCUCCAUUAACACAAGCCCCUGUGCCACGUCGCCUGGCCAAUCCAUGGACUCCUCUGUUUACGGAGAUGCUCACUUUGGAUGUAGUGACUCUGAAGUGGAAGAAAUGGACAGCAGCCCUGAAACUGUACAACAGAAUCCCACUGAGAAGUUUCUCAUGCCACUUACAGAGGACCCCUUCUUUUCGCUCUCACCGUUUAUGCCACAUGACUCCUCUUUUGAAUUAGAGGUUCACAAUUCCCCAGAGAGCGAUCUUCCUGUUAGUCCUGGCCAGAGCAGGUCCCCGUUCACCAAAGACAAAUCUGCAAGCUGCCAAGAAGCUCGUUUCACUAGAGACGAGCAAAGAGCGAAGGCUCUCAAGGUACCGUUCUCGGUGGAUAAAAUCGUAAAUCUUCCGGUGGAUGCCUUCAAUAUUUUAAUGUCCAAGCAUCAGUUCAAUGAGCCUCAGCUUGCUCUCAUCAGGGAUAUACGCAGGCGAGGCAAAAAUAAAGUAGCGGCCCAGAACUGCCGAAAGAGGAAAAUGGAGAACAUCGUGGAGUUAGAAACCGAUCUGGACAAGCUGAAGUACGAGAAAGAGAAGCUGCUUGCGGAGAAGGGGGAGUACAACAGCAGUCUCCGUCUUCUGAAAAAGAAGCUCGGUACCUUGUACAUGGAGGUGUUCAACAAGCUACAUGAUGAGGACGGGAAACCCUACUCCCCACACGAGUACUCCCUUCAGCAAACAAAAGAUGGGAAUGUCUUCCUCGUUCCGAAGGCCAAGAAGGUCGAGAUAAAAAAAGAGAUCUAGAAUCUAGAUGUAAUUUUUUUUUUUUUGUCUUGGAACACCCUACGCUUUUAAAGGGCGGAUGUAUGAGUUGUACCUUUAAAGUUAGCUCUAAUAGAACUAGCAUUAUUUUGUACCAUAGCACUUCCUUCCAUUGAAUAAAAAAUGGAAAUAUUUUUAAAGCUAGAUAGCAGUACACCAUUAAGCUAGUCCACAUGCUACUAUGAAGAAAUAGCAGAUGCCUUAGGAGUGGCGACGAACGGCAUGUCUAUUUACAAUAUUAAAAUUGUGUCUAAUCUGUAAAGUCCGUGCUAUAACCGAUCAGUAACUGGAAGGACUAGGAGUGAAACCUCCGCAGAUUUAGCCAGCAAAUACUUUGUCUGGUUCAUUUUAAAGCACAGAUGGGCAUUUUAAGCAGAAGUAUAAGGUUUGGACUUUUCAUCUUUCUGAUUGUGUGUGCUGUUGUUCUAUAUCUGCAAUUGUAAUCUGAAAUCUCUGACUGUAGAUCUGUAUGGGCUUGCUUUAUAUAGCAUACAAUAGGUAGCAUUUAUGGAAGGUCAUAGAGAAGAACGUUCAGCUUUACGGAGUCUUGGCCUGACUACGAUAUGGUCACUAAUGCAGUAGCUGCUGUCAUUUGGUUUUUUUUGAGCAGCUACUGUGCAAAAAUAUGGUAAUUCCACAGCGACGUGGAAAUGUAUUGAGACUCCCACCGGCGGCCUCGCAGUCCCAGCAACUGCGUACAGAUACGCAGCGGUGCUUGCAAAUCCUUCCAUAACCUAAGGCCGCAGGAACAUAGAGACCGUUGCCGUGUUUUCUGUGUACGGGAUUGCAGAUAUGGGCAAAGCCUCACUGCAAGGCGUGUAUGCAUUUGAACACCAUUCAGUUGCUGCGCGUUGCGGCUAAGAUGCAGUCCACCCAUAAUCAAUCAAGUGCGUAAAUAUUGAAAUAGCAACCACAUUGGAAUCAGGUCCUCUGGCUGUAAACGUACUAUAGUAGGAGAGGCCUUCCUCUAGUUACUAAGGCAGCUGGCAAUUGUGUUAGUUCAAAUGUCAACAAGAGUUAACAUUUGAUGUAGGGUGUCAGAGCAUUUAGAACCGUGCUUACCUCAGUAAAUGCACCUACUUUAUUUCCUAUUUCUGUAUCUAAAUAACUGUAAAUAUUGCAAUACAUCAUAUUUAUAUAAAUAUAUAAAACUUUGUUAACCAAUGUACCAAAAAAAAGUAACUUACUUCACAGAGCGUAAUUUAGUUUCUUCAUUUAUAAUUGCAAAUGCUUUUUUUUUUUCCUUAUAGAAACUUUUUUUUUUUUUUUUACUCUGCCAGUUUUCAUUUGAAAUUUUUUUUACAAAAAAAAAAAAAUGUUUUCAUUAGGCAAGUCCAAUGACCGUUAAUAAAACAUAUAUCAACUUA